AUGCGUCGUUCCGUACUCGUUUUGUCUACUUGUGCUCUCCUUGCUCUCGGUCAAGACUGGGGAGGAGGUGGCGGCGGAUACGGAGGAGGUGGUGACAUGGGAGGAUACGGUGGUGGAGGAUACGGUGGAGGUGGUGACAUGGGAGGUGGAUAUGGAGGCGGUGGCGACGGAGGAUACGGAGGUGGCGGUGAUAUGGGAGGAGGCUACGGAGGCGGCGGUGAUGGUGGCUACGGAGGAUACGGAGGUGGCGGUUAUGGAGGAGGUGGUGAUAUGGGAGGUGGUUACGGAAUGGGAGGAGGCGGUGGAGAUGGCGGAUACGGAGGUGGUGGAUACGGAGGAAACAUGGGAGGAAACAUGGGAGGUGGUGGUGGAUACGGAUCAUACCAAGGUGGUGGACCACAACAACCAAUGGGAGGAAACCAAGGAGGAUACGGAGGACAACCGUACGGAGGUGGAGGACAAGGAGGAUGGCCACCAAUGCCAAACUAA